AUGACCGUCGAGAAAAAAGAAAAGAAGGAUGAGAGUGGAUUCGCACAGCAUGUCGGUGGUUACAACAGGGAGAAUGGCUAUCAUCCGGGCAGUCCCCGUCACGGUAUGGCAAAAAAUGAGUACGCAAUGUCGUACACAAACAGUCCGGCCGACAAGGACAUGAAAGAGAUUAAGGAAAGUGCGUAUCCCCGCGAGGGCGGAUUUGGCAAUUUCGGGUACAACAAGGAUGCUGGCUACAGCGCAGCAAUGAGUGAGCGAAUGCACGGCAAUGUUUCAGCACAUACCACGCCGAGCCACAGCAUGGCGAGCAUUUCUGGUGCCAGCAACGGGCACAGCAUGCCCUUCAAUAUGCCCCAUCCCUCGUAUCCGAGACCAUAUCCUUAUAAGGAAUAUUAUCAGAGGAGAUACAACGAUUACCAGAAAGACUUCAUAAUAAACAAGAAAAAGGAGGAUUUGAACUUAAAUGACGCUAUCUCGUUCCUGGAAACGGUAAAAACAGUUUUUUCAGAGGAUCCGUCGAUCUACGAUAGCUUUUUGGAAGUAAUGAGAGACUACAAGCAUGGAAAAAUUGAUGCAGGUGGCGUGGUGCGUGCCGCUACAACGCUUUUCAAAGGCAAACCGGAGAUACUUGAGGGAUUCAACGACUUCCUGCCGCCUGAGUAUAAAAUCGACCGGGGUAACAGGAGACGCAUGCGAAUGGAGCCGCCAGGUCGACCUAUUGAGCGUAUGAAUGAGAGAUUUAUACCCUCUCACGAACGCAUGAUGGACAGACCAGAGCGAAUCACCGAUAGAAUUCCACCUGAUCGGAUGGGGGAAAGACCGGUCCCGCACGAUAGGAUAAUCCCGAAAGAAAUACCCAAGGUAAUAGAUGCGAAGCAGUUUGUACCGGGCAACAACCCGCCAAUCAAUGCGUGGGAUGGUCAGCAGGCAGAAGAGCAGACUGUUGCUCUGAAUUUCAUCAAGAAGGUGAAAAGUAAAUUGAACAACAUGAAAUUGUACAAGGAUUUCAUAGAGGCACUCACACACUACCAGAAAACGAAGGAUGAGCUUGUCUUGGCAAAAAUAAAGAAAAUACUGGGUGAUAACAGAGACUUGAUUGAGGAGUUUUUGACUUUUAUGCCCAAGGGCGAGGACAGCGCUUUGGCGGAGGUGAAGAAGAUUUUGGAAGCCAAGAAUGUGUAUGAAGAGUUUUUGAAGGCUAUGAAUCUGUUUAAUCAGAAGUUAAUGGAGGGAAGGGAGCUCAUCUUCUUUUUGCGUGCGUAUAUCAAGGAUGAAAAAAUGAUCGAGGCAUUUAAAGAACAUUUGGGACAGCACAAUGCAGGUCUGUUUGAGAGUAAGGGUGACAAAUUCGUAAAUACAGAGGAUCUGGGUGGUAUUUUGGGGUCUUACAGAAUAUACAAAGAUAAGGGCUUUAGAUCCAAUCAGGACUCUCUGUCAAGACAGGUCCUCAAUCACAUUUGCUACUCCUUCCCGUUGUAUGCGAGUGAAGAGGAAGAUGUUCAGUUCAAACGAAGCGCGUACAUGGAGACGUUGUACAGGUUGGAAGAUGAACGCUAUGAGAUUGAGCUUCUGAUAGAGCGGGGAGAAUCACUAAUUUUCUCGUUUGAGGUGUUUCUGAAUUCCGAGCGCAGUAAGAAUGCAGAGAACGAUUAUACAGGAGAGGGUGACGAUCAGCUGCAGGACGAGUUGGAUCUGUCGCAGUUGCACAUGCCUGCACCGCUUGUCAACGAACUAGUACUUUUUGUUUACGGCGAUCGGGGAGAAGAAAUCUUUGAGGAGCUGAUUGGCAAGCCCAGGGCUGCGAUGCCUGUGAUCCUGAAGAGAAUGUACAAACUGAUCAGGUAUUGGAAACUGGAGCUUAGAGAAAAAGAGAAGCUUUGGAAGGACACCAAUGAGCGGGCGUUUUACAAAGCACUAGAUUUCCAUUUAGACUUCAAGGCAGCAGACAAGAAGUACCUCAAUUUCCGGAAUUUCGUCAAGCAUCUUGGAUGUGACAUUGAUGUCUCCAAGAUGGAAGGUAUGAGAGAAUUGGUCACGGAGCUGUACAAGCUGAAACAUAGUGACGACUCACUUGACGAUGUUCUUGCUAUCAAAGACGGGAGGGUUGUUGUAGAGACAGCCGCAAGGCUGCGAUAUCUUUAUUUAUUGAUGGAGAGGUUUGCAGAGAUCAAGGAUGAGCCGUUUUUUACAGAUGUUAUAGAUCUGUUGAAAGGCCAUUUGGUAACGCCCGUGGCCGAUUUUGAAGAGAAAUUGCGAAUAGUGAGUAAGGCGCGAGCAUACAAGCUGGCAACCAUCGACAAGCUGCUUGAUAAGAUUAACAAAAGGGAAAACGGACAUGAUGAUAUGUACGAAGUGUCGCUUACCAACCGUUUAGUCAUACGAUCGAAGAAUGAGGAAGACGAGUACGCGGAGAAAUAUUCCACGAAUGAUAUUGACAAUGAAUAUAUCAGAGACAAGGUGUUUAUGGAACGAGCUCUUAGAGACUGCUGUUUUUGCUUCUGCUAUAGAAUUACUGUGAAGAUAUGUAGGAAAAGCUACAAAAUUAAGUACUCUGAGGAUGAGAUUGAUUACGUAUUUAGAAAAGGUUUCCGUAGGCAGAUCCGGACAACAAAAUAGAUGUGAAUUGUUUUUAUGUUGUCCCUAUCUGUGAGAGUUCGUGUUUGGAUCAGAUAAUUUGUUAAAAUAAAAAUAUGUUCAUAUUCCGUA